AUGCCAUGUGUGGAGAUGGUCAACAGUAUCAGUACUAACAGCUCGAGGAGCGGAACAUCAAGUGUCAACAAUUCAAAGCCAUCAUCACCAUUGGAUAAGCAGAAUAAUCGCAAGAUAUCGAAAUCAAAGGGAACUAAGAAGAAAAGAAUAAGGACCGUUGCUGGCAGUUGCAACCAGUGCUUGAGAUGCAGAGUCAAAUGUACUCUUGAAAAACCAACAUGCAAGAGAUGCCGAGAUAAAGGUUUGGAUUGUAACUAUGAUAAAGUCAGUCUCAAAUGGGGUAAAGUGCUGAAUGUGAAUACCACAGCGAAUGGAUUAUCGGGGAAGGAUGGAGCUGGCCAACACAAUAGUAUGUUCAUGUUUAGUGGGAGAAACGCCAAGCCACUAUUUACUUUAAUUCAGAGCAUAAACGACAAUGAGAAAAAGGUUGUCUCGGUGUCGGACAACAACAAUACGACAAAGCAAAAGACUAAUAGUCCAAAUCCGAUGGCCCAAAAACUAAUGUGGCACAUGAAAUAUGGGCAACAGAGCAGCAGCAAUAACAGUAGUAGUAGUAGCAGUAUUCAAAGUCCAAGCAGUGGGGAUUCAUCUACAUACGUCUUUCGGGCAUCACCACCACCAGAAGGUGGGAAUAUUGCAUUCCAUGCAAAUGUUUGGCCAAACCAGGGAACAGACUUGCAGUAUUUUGGGAAUAUUCUUUUUGCAAAGCUUCAUGCUUUCGGUACACCGCUCGAUAAUCGAGGUUAUGAGCUUAUCCAGAAAAGUGAAAUACUUCAGAAUUUAGCGGCAACAUUGGUUGCUUGCCAUGUUCACAAUGAGCAUCCUGAAUUUCUUACUUCAGACGCAAUUCAUCGCAUAAAAGCAAAAUCUAUACAAAUGCUCGUGGAGCAGAUUAAUCGUCAAACUUUACAGAAAAGCCGGAUAUCUCCUCGGUCCCUAUUUUCCCAUAGCAUAUCUACAGAGGUUAAUACAGAGUCGCUUCUCAAUGCAUGCAUUCUAAUGAGCAUUUUGGAUAGUGUUAUUGACUGCACAAAUUUAGACAUAGUUCCGACACAUCUCUUUGGUGCAAGAGCAAUCUUCAAAGAACUUCUUGAAAAUGAGCCAGGCUUUGUCACUACUCUCAAUACCAGAAACCCUCUAACUCAGAGGACAUUUUCUAUUUUUGCAACUAUGGAUCUUAUAUAUUGCUUCCUUACAUGUGAAUGCCUCACUUGCAUUGCAGAAGUUGAUUGGAUCAGGUUGCACGGGUGUGAUUGCUGGUUUGGAAGACUUAAUGCUGAGGAUCCAUUUCUGAAAGUGUUAUCUGGUUUGGCGUUUUUCAGUAAUUCUGCAUGUCUAAUCAAGACCCGGAGCUUGCCGACGAAUAUUUCAAAAGAGCUUGCAGAAACUUGCAAGAUGCUUCUGGAGCUAAGCAGUUGUACAUCACCCUCAUGCUGGCAGCUCUUCGUCUCAUGUUUUGCCGAUGUUGGGCUUCUUUAUUAUGCACGUGUCUUUCAAGGUAAGUCUAUCGACGAUAAAAUAGUGCAGUCGUUAAUAUACAAUUUCAUUUCCAAGCUAAGGUCUGGACCAUCUACAAUUCUUACUCCAUUUAAUGAAAACGAACCAACGCAUAAUGAAUAUGUUUUAGACCACUGUCUUCUUUUUCCAUUAAUGGUAAUUGGUGCACAUUGCAUCAAUCCGGAGCAUCAAAUAUUCAUCCGUGCCUGGAUAAGUAAAGCUGUGCGCUCAUUAGCAUUUAAGAAUAUCAACAAUUUAUUUGCAUUUCUAGAUAAAAUUUGGACCAGUUUCCAGGGCUACGAAGAUAAUGUAAAUAGAUCAGCGGCUUUUGGGAUAUCUUGGAAGGCUCAGUUCGGUUGGAUUGCCAAAAAGUCCAUUAUAUUUUGA